GCCAUAUAAUACGUAAAUCACCACGCGCUUCUUUUUAGAUUACUUCUCCUUGUUCUGCGUCUUUUUCCUGCCAGUGUUACCGCCCAAAUUCUCCCGCCUCCUUCACCCUCCUUCUUAGACCAAUUCUAACCACCCCAUCCACUUUGGAACGGAAUGGCGAGAACUAGGAAUCUCGAAGGCGGCACUCGCAGACGUUCUCUCUCAGAUCCCUUGGCCGCCGCCAUGCUGCCCCCGACAAACGAAACACCAGAGCAGAAACAAGAAAGGAUCCGAGCUGAGAAUGAAGCAAAACGCAUAAGCGAUGGAAUUGAUGAGAUGAUUCGGCAAGAGAGGAACGAGAUGAAGAAGACUCGCUCAGAUGUGAGCGUGUUGUUGUUGGGGCAAUCUGAAUCGGGAAAAAGUACGACGUUGAAACAAUUCCAACUAAUGCACUCGCCAUCCGCUUUCCACGCAGAGCGUAUAGCUUGGCGGGCUGUAAUCUAUCUAAACCUAGUCAAGUCUAUCACAAGGAUUCUCAUUGCCCUGUCUCCUGACGCGGACAUCGAGGAACAACUUCUCGAAGAUGACAGUGCCAGUAUCUCUGCUGAUAAUCAUCUGCCUAUAGCUUCCAAAUACGAGUCCUAUAGACAGCGGCUUCAACCUCUGUUUGACCUCGAAGAACGAUUAUCCCGCUUACUGUCUUCCCCAGACGAGGACGAACCGACCCAACUUGGCCCCCAGAAUGGUACCUGGGUCAAUCCUACGACCAACGGACAUUCAACGCCCAUCGUGACCAGACCCACGUCGAUACUUGGUCCCUCCAAUCGGGACUAUUCCCAAGUUGGACACGGAACCUCUAAAAAGAAGGAACUAUCCGUCCACACGUCCAAGAACUGGAAGGGGACCUUCUCCCUCAGUAGAACGAAAAAUCCAAAGAGCAAGCAUACAGGAGAAAUCGAAGGGUGGUGGGAAAAUCCAGACGAUCCCGUCCAUGUUCUCAACGCUUGCGCGCCCGUCAUGUUGGAACUUUGGCAAGAUCAUGAAGUUCGAAUGCAAUUAGCGGAGAAGAAAAUAAGGUUGCAGGAGAGCGCGGGAUUCUAUCUGGACGAAAUCCCCAGAGUGACGGCGAAGAAGUAUAUUCCGACUGAUGCUGAUGUACUAAAAGCUCGUCUCAAGACAAUGGGGGUCUUAGAAUAUCCCUUCCUCAUAGCUAACGGCGCCCAUCGAGGUGUAAAGUGGAAGAUUUACGAUGUGGGUGGCGCAAGGAAUCAGCGUCACGCUUGGGCGCCGUACUUUGAAAGUGUGAACGCAAUCAUCUUUCUAGCACCCAUAUCGGUUUUUGAUCAAGUACUGGACGAAGACCGACGUGUCAAUCGUCUUGAAGACUCACUUCUGCUCUGGAAAGGCGUCGUUCAGAAUAAACUUCUGGCGAACGUUAGCAUCGUAUUGUUCUUAAACAAAUGUGAUCUCCUUCGGGCGAAGCUCGAAGCAGGCGUCCGGUUGGCGGACCAUAUGAUUACGUAUGGUAAUCGGCCAAACACCUACGAUUCUGUCUCGAAAUACAUGCGAAACAAGUUCAGUAUAAUACAUGAAUCAUACACGCCGAACAAACAGCGGGAGCUAUAUCCCCACUUCACUUCUGUGACGGACACUCGACGAACAGCUAUUAUUAUUGCCGAUGUACGAGAUAUCAUUCUCAAAGGACACUUGAAAUCAUUCCAGCUGGUGUAACUGUACCCUCACGGUUGUUCUAUUUUUUUCCCAGGUUUUUUAUCAUGUAUUUUGUCCGUCAUCUCCUAGACAUUUGUUAGCACUCGUCCAUUCGAUUUUGUUAUUUUCGUGUACUCCGAUCUCGUUUUCGAUGCGCGCCCCCUUCCCCCCUUCCCCCCCUACCUUCUCUCAGCAAGUCUCAGUUAUUUUUUUUAUAUUGCUAUCGCUGAAUUUCGCUUAUCUUUAAUCUCAUAUCCAUGCUGUUUAGUGUUGUCAUACAUACCAUUCUCCAACCCUUCUGAUUCACACUGUUCUCGACAGAUCUUUUCGGAUCUUUCUUCCCUGGCUUAGUGCUAUGUUGUAGGAGUUUUUGCGCAUUCAAUGGAUUGUACCCUAUCAUACAGAGAUACUGUCAUUGACCC